GAUGUUUUGUCACUCAAGCAUAUUUGUAUGUCCAUUGUUAUCCAUUUACCUUUCGUGUGCCACACUUAUAUCAUGAGUCACUUCGUGUAAGGACAUCAACAAUCUCUAUCUCAACCUUUAGAUAUAGACAACUUUACUACACUAUAAAAGCCUAGUGAUGUGCCGUUGUUUUUCACAAAAGCAUCGGAGUUCAUUAGUCCCACAAGAACAUGGCGACCAUUAAUCGCUCCAUAGUUUUCUUCACUGUUUGCUUGUUCCUGUUGUGCCAUGGCUCCAUAGCCCAGCUAUUCAGCCAGGGUACUAGUCAGUGGCAGAGUGCUCGUCGUGGAAGUCCAAGAGAGUGCAGACUCGAUAGGUUGCAAGCACUCGAGCCGCUUCGAAGUGUAAAGUCCCAAGCUGGUACAACUGAGUUCUAUGAUGCCUCUAGUGAGAUGUUUCAAUGUACCGGUGUAUCUGUCGUCCGUCGAGUUAUUGAACCUAAAGGCCUUCUACUACCUCGUUACACCAAUACACCAACUCUAGUGUAUAUCAUCCAAGGGAGAGGUAUAACAGGGCCGACCUUCCCAGGAUGUCCCGAGACCUACCAACAACAGUUCCAACAAUCUGGGCAAGCCCAAGUGUUCGAGGGUCAGAGUCAAAGCCACCAGUUCAGAGAUGAGCACCAGAAGAUCCACCGUUUCAGACAAGGAGAUGUUGUCGCAUUGCCUGCUGGCAUAGCUCAUUGGUGCUACAAUGACGGUGAAGAGCCUGUUGUAGCCAUAUAUGUCUCUGAUACAAACAAUGGUGCAAACCAACUUGAACCAAGACAAAGGGAUUUCUUGUUAGCUGGCAACAAGAGAGGCCAGCAAACAUACAGGCCUGAGGUUGAGGAGCGCUCUCAGAACGUCUUCAGUGGCUUCAGCGUCGAACUGCUUAGCGAGGCUCUUGGCAUAAGCAGAGGGGUGGCAAGGCAACUCCAGAGUCAAAAUGACCCAAGAGGGGAAAUAGUUCACGCCGAGCGUGGCCUUGCGUUUCUCCAACCAUAUGCAUCAUUGCAGGAGCAGGAGCAGGAGCAGGAGCAGCAACAGCAACAGCAACAGCAACAGGUACAACAGGAAGAGUAUUACCAACCAAGACCAUAUCAGCAACAACAAUAUGGGGCUGGCUCCUCUAACGGUUUGGAUGAGAAUUUCUGUACCAUGAGGGUAAGGCAGAACAUCGAUAACCCUAACCUUGCUGAUACAUACAACCCGAGAGCUGGGAGGAUUACACAUCUCAACAGCCAAAAGUUCCCAAUUCUAAAUCUCAUACAGAUGAGUGCUGUCAAAGUUAAUCUAUACCAGGAUGCUCUUCUUUCACCAUUCUGGAACAUCAAUGCUCACAGCGUGGUGUACAUUACUCAAGGUUCUGCACGGGUUCAAGUUGUUAACAACAGAGGGAAAACAGUUUUCAACGGAGAGCUUCGCCGUGGACAGUUGCUAAUUAUACCAGAACACCAUGUAGUGCUGAAGAAGGCACAGAGAGAGGGAUGUGCAUAUAUUGCAUUUAAGACCAACCCUAACUCCAUGGUGAGCCACAUUGCAGGAAAGAGUUCCAUUUUCCGUGCCCUCCCAAAUGAUGUUAUAGCAACUGCAUACCGCAUCUCAAGAGAAGAGGCUAGGAGGCUCAAGAAUAACAGAGGAAAUGAGUUUGGUGCAUUCACUCCAAGUCACUCCUACAGAGGUUACCAAGAUGUAGCUGGUGGGGCUCAAUCCUCUUAG